CGUGUUUUACCAUAUGUCGAUUAUCUUCUUCUCAUCAUUACGAAAGAAUCUAAUUCUCAAAGAUAGUUGAGAAAUUUAUCUUAUUUGGAAGAGUUUGGUUUUCCAACCAUAUCAACUCUUUGACAAUAAAAGUAGUGCUGUCAAAGAAGGGGCAAAAAAAAAAAGAAAAAAAAGUAGUGUAUUGUUUACGUCAAAGCAAUUAAGAGUCGACAACAAUUCAAUAGUCUUUUUCAUCGUACAACUUUUUAUUAAUGCGCCUCAGUUCAUAAAAACAUAGCACCACUACAAGAGACAUAAAAAUUUAGGUCACACCAUACUUCACUACAUUCAACAUAACCAGCCAAUAUGAGCUCAGCUCAUGUUCACCAUUUUUACCAGCUUGCAUUGUUUGUAUACAUGUUCAUCAUUGCACCUGAAGCUCAUGCACAAACCCUAGCCAAGCAAAAACCUUUCAACAAUACCGUCUCGGCUAUUUUUGUGUUUGGAGACUCAACCGUUGAUCCCGGAAACAAUAACUACAUAGCUACUCCAUUUAAGGGCAAUUUUCUACCUUAUGGAAGAGAUUUCGCCAACCAAAACCCCACCGGAAGGUUUUCUAAUGGCCGGCUUGCCGGUGAUUUUAUCGCUAAUUAUGUGGGUAUAAAAGAGUAUGUGCCUCCAUAUUUGGAUCCAACACUUGGCAUUGAGGAGCUAAUGUCUGGAGUUAGUUUUGCCUCAGCUGGAUCUGGAUUUGACCCUCUUACACCAAGAAUAAGCAAUGUAAUCCCAGUGUCAAAGCAAUUAGAGUAUUUCAAGGAGUAUCGAGCAAGAUUGGAGGUCUUGAUUGGGAAGAAAAGAACCAAAAUGUUGAUAAAAAAUGCAUUUUACCUUGUCAGUGCGGGUACAAAUGAUUUUGUAAUCAAUUAUUUUGCCAUGCCAAUCCGUCGUAACAGCUACACCCUCCCAAGUUACAUGGAAUUCUUGUUGCAGCAAGUGCAGCAAUUUAUGCAGGGAUUGUGGGACCAAGGGGCUCGAAAAUUUGCAUUCGUGGGUCUACCGCCAAUGGGUUGCUUACCUAUUGUCAUCACCCUCAAUUCAGAAAGCCCCAUUCAACAACGUGCUUGUUUUGAAAUUUUCUCCUCUGCUGCUACGAUGUACAAUUUAAUGCUUGAAAAUCAGUUGAAUGCCAUGCAAUUCAGCUUAGCAAAAUUUGGAGCUCGGAUUGUUUACUUGGACGUGUAUGGACCAUUGUCAGAUAUGAUCCAAGGUCGCAAGUACGAUUUUGAUGAGGUUAGCAGUGGUUGCUGUGGGACAGGAUUAAUGGAAGCAUCUUACUUAUGCAAUCCGAAAUCAUUUGUGUGCACUAAUGCGUCUAAAUACGUAUUUUGGGAUUCCAUACAUCCAUCAGAAAGGGCAUACUACAUUCUUUUCGAGAUAGUUCGAUCUAAAAUUGAUUUUAUCAUUCAAGAUUAACAUUUUAUGGUUAUUAGCUUUGUGACCGUUAUUGUUGCAACUUGCAAUUACUAUGAAUUGUUGUUAUGAUUUUGGAGUUGGAAUGGUAGGUGUAAGUACACUCUUUGUACAAGAGGUGUGGUACCCAAAGAAAAUAAUUAUAAUAAAUCAAUGAC